CCGCGCGCCGCGCACGUUCCCGCGCCCGCGCCCGCGCCUGCGCCCGAUUCGCCCCCGCCCGCGCCGCCCGGCGCCGCAACGGCGGGCAGCGCCGAGGCGUCGGAAGAGCUGGUCGACUCGCUGCACGAGAUGUGCGGCGCGACGCGCGAGCGCUGCCGCUCCGCCCUCAAGGCGUGCCGCGGCAACGUCAACGCGGCCGCCGAGCUGCUCCUCCACCAGGGGUUCGACGGAGAAGCCGCGCCGCCGACUGCGGCUCCGACCGCGGUGCCCGCCGCGCUCCCCGCCGCGCUCUCCGCCGCGGCUGCUGCGCCUUACGCCAACCCGCCGCUCCCAAUGCCGGCACCUGCGGAGAGUGAGGCAGCCUACGCCGCUCUCCCCGCGUCGCUCGGCCUGGACCUCAGCAGCUUGUGGAGUGACGACCCUGCCCCGUCCGUCCCCGCGACGAGGCCGAGUGCCGACACGCCCUCCUUGCCGCCCCUCACGCCAGAGGAGCUCUCUGCCAUGCUUUCGAGGCUCGAGCCGUGACCCGAAGCAGAGUUUACAUAUUCCGAGGCGCAAGCCUGUGCUGUCCCGCUCUCCCGGGGCGGGCGGCGGGCGCGCGCCCGCUCCUGAGUUGAGGUGUCCUAUUUAUGUGGGCGCGCGUCCGCU